AUGAACCACUCUCUGCAAAAGAAAGAAAAAGGGUUUAUAGGCAAUUUAAAAUAGCUCUUAAAUGUAUUUUUUGAAUAAAUAUUAGAGUUCUGAGUACUCCAAUAUCAUUAAUGUCUUAGAAUCUAAUAAUGGUUUCAUCAUUCUUAAUUUAAAUGAAUUUUAAAGUCAAAUAUUAAAGAACCAUUUUAAACAUUCUAAUAUGGCUAGUUUUAAAAGGUUAGUAAUCGAUGUAUUAACUAGAUAAUUAAAUAUGUAUGGAUUUGAGUUUUCUAGGACAUAAGAAGGUUUAAUGAAAUUUUAUCACAAUCAAUUUGAUAGUAGGAAUAAUGAAAGGCUCUAAAUGAAAUAAAAUACAGCCAAAAACACAUUAACACCAGAUCAAGAAUUAUAUUUGUUAAAAUUACAAGUGCAAGAUAUUUAAAGAAAUCAACAAAUUAUGUAAAGUUAAAUCAGAGAAAUCAUAGACAAACAGUAGGAGAUCCAAAAAAAUAUUAAAAAGGCUAUGCUUGUAUUAGCCUUGUAUUAUUUUAGGACUACGUAAGAAUAAGAGUUAACGGAUAAACGAAAGGAAAAAAAGUGGGAAAAUUUGUUUGGAAAUUCCAUCGAAAUAUCACAAAUAAGAAAUAUAGUAUAAAUUUUAUCUUAGAAAUAGAAAGAUUCCUGUAUCAGAAAUGGAAGGAAGCUAACUCUUAUUAAGAAUGUCUUUGCAUGGGAUACCAACCAUAAUAAACCUUUAAAUAAUAAUUUUAUACGUUCCCUUUAUUGAAUAACUCGAUUUUUGAUAUUAAGAUUCCAAAUUUGAAUAAUAGAGGUCCAGAAAUGUUAGAACUCUGCGAUACAUAAGAUCAAAAUGACAGUAGUGAUUUAGAUUUAAUGGAAGUUGAAAGUGUUAGCAAUAUCAGUAACUAUUUUGAUUUAUGA